AUGGGAAAGAACGAUUUUUUGACUCCCAAGGCGAUUGCAAACCGCAUCAAAUCCAAGGGCUUGCAGAAGCUGCGAUGGUACUGCCAGAUGUGCCAGAAGCAAUGCCGAGACGAAAAUGGUUUCAAGUGUCACUUGACCAGCGAGUCUCACAAGCGUCAGAUGAUAGUGUUUGGAGUAAAUCCCAUGCGAGUCGUGGAGGGAUACACCGAGGAGUUUGAGAAGACGUUCAUGGAGCACCUGCGGCGAAGCCACCCCCACUCGCGCGUACAAGCCAAGAUGGUGUACAAUGAGUACAUUGCAGACCGGCACCACGUCCACAUGAACUCCACAUCCUGGUUGACGCUGACAGAGUUUGUGAAGCACCUGGGGAAGACCGGGCAGUGCCGCGUGGACGAGACUGAAAAGGGCUGGUACAUCUCUGUCAUUCAGCCAGACCCCAGCCAGGCGCUGGCUGAUGACAAGAAAUCCAAGCGCGAGCGCGCAGAGAAGGAGGAGGACGAGAGGCAGCGGGAGAUACUGGAAGCACAGAUCGCGCGGGCGCGGGCACAGGCCGGCUUGGAGGAAAAGGGGGGCGCCGCGGAGGGAACGGAGCUGAGACGGGACGAGGACGGGCAGCCGCUGCAGAUCGCGCUGGCCGCGCCGCCCAAGCCGGCCGCGCACGAGGCCGCCAUGCCGGGGGCGGGUGGUGGCGGCGCAGCAGCGCCGAAGAAGCGCAGCAAAUUGGAGGAGCUGAUGGAGAGGGAGCAGGCGUUCAAAAAGGCCAAGAUUGAACGGGAAAAGGCCGGAGCCGGCGCGGGGCCGAGCGGCCGCCCCGACGCGCCCUGGCUGCAGCCCGGUAUCACCGUCAAGGUGUUGAGCAAGGAGCUGAAGGAACAUGGGUACUACAAGAAGAAGGGCAUUGUUGAGAAGCUGCCAUCGAAGUAUGUGGGUCAGAUAAAAAUGCUGGACUCUGGCGAUGUUCUUCAGGUGGACCAGGCACAGCUGGAGACAGUGCUGCCUGCAGCGGGGGGAUCGGUGGUGGUGGUCAGGGGGGCGCAAAGGGGGGCCCGUGCAGAGAUGCUGGAGAUUGAUGUUGACAAGUACAGGGCGCAGGUGCAGCUCAAAAGCGGCGAUGGCAAGGGUGAGAAGGUUUGGUUUGACUAUGAGGACAUUUGCAAGGUGUCCAGCUCCUGA